AGGAGGGACUUCAUUGGAGUGAUGAGAGUCACGUAAAAGAAAGGCAAGUGUCUGUGCUGGGCACUGAGAGCUUUUGCCCCUCCCUCACGGCCGUGCCACUCAUAUGCGGCUGUGCUAGUCACUUCCGAGGGCUUGCUGGAGCCCCGAGUCUUGAAGCCAGUUGGGAGGGCAUGACAGCCUGAUCUGGGUAAGACGGGGAUAACCGAUAAGCUGUGUACCUGGCCGCUAUGCCCUCUCUGUCAAGGUACGGCGCUGGACCUCGCUUACUCGCUAGUGGGUUCCAGCGACAUAUCAAUGGAAAUCAUUCCCACCUUCCGCUCCAACUUCUUCUUCUCACACAAAUAUCCUUCUCUGUCACAAUUCUGUCGUCUUGUAUUGUGCGUUUCAUGGGUGCCAACAGAUACAAAACAAACAAAACCCGAACAUGUCGACCAAACUCCAAACCCCAGCAAUGGGAUCCCUCCCUCCUCAUCAACGCCAUGCCAUCACCAUCCACAUGCCUGGAUGGGCAAGUAUGCUCAGGUUGAUGGACCGGGACCCCGAAUUCAUAAAGGAGACUACCAGUUUCUACCCGAGGAUUAUACCGCACAAGGAUGUCAAAGCUCUCGCCGCCGCUGUGCUCUCCAAAUUCGGCACAGAAGGCCAAAAUGUCUUCCUCUUCUCCGCCCCUGAAUCCGCAUCGGAAUGCAUCAAAUUCGCCACCUCCCCCGCACGGGGUGAUGAUGCCCUCUCACCCUCUGAAAUUUCCACCAAAGUCCUAGACAUCAAGGUCCGCCUCUACGCCGUUUUCUUCCCCUUGCCUAAAUCCCCCAUCGUCUCAGCCUUCUGGAUCAAUCCCGGUGUCGGCAUCUCUUCUCGCUUCGCAGAGGAAAGCCUCAAGAACAUCGACCUCCUGCGCGAAGUAAUUGACGACAAGCCUGCACCAAGCAACCCAGUGUCACCAGCUAAUGCAAUCCUCCGCGACCGGAUCGCGACCUUACUCGAACGCGCACCUGCACCAAACUCGCCAAGAAAGGCACUGAUCAAAGCAGAAGAUGUCUAUCUGUUUCAAACAGGCAUGGCAUCCAUCUACACCGUGCACCAAUUCCUUCUCAGCAAAUUCAAUGCUCUGAGCGUGCUUUUCGGCUUCGCGUUCCACAGCACACCGCAUAUCUUCGAGGAAUUCGGAGGACCGGGCUUGAAAUUCUUUGGUCUUGGCAAUGCGAAUGAACUUGUCGAAUUAGAAAAAUUUCUCAAAGAGGAGAAGACAGAAGGGAGAAAGAUCCAAGCGCUAUGGACUGAAUUCCCUGCCAACCCACUCCUCAUGACGCCCGACAUCACGAGAUUGCGAGAAUUGGCUACAGAGUACAAUUUCGUGCUUAUAGUGGACGACACAGUUGGCAGUUUCUGCAACGUCGAUUUACUCGGCGCCGGCGGCGCCGAUAUCGUCGUAUCAUCGCUCACAAAAUCUUUCUCAGGUUACGCGGACGUCAUGGGUGCUAGUGCGGCACUGAACCCUUCGUCGGCGAAGUAUGGAAUGUUGAAGGAGCUGUUCGGAGAGAAAUACGUGAAUCGGUACUACAGCGGGGAUGCUGAAGUCCUAGAGAAGAACAGCAGAGACUAUCUCACUCGCUCGAAGACUUAUAAUACCAAUGCAGAGGAAUUGGUUGAGUACCUCCAAUCCCUCACCAGCGACCCGAAGAGCAGCGUCGCGAAGGUCUACUACCCGACCACUUCCCCCACUCUCUCUCAUUACAAAGCCCGCAUGCGUGCUCCGACAGCAGACUUCACACCUGGGUACGGUUGUCUCUUCACGAUCGAGCUCAGGACUGUUGAAGCCACGCAAGCCUUUUACAAUAACAUCAAUGUUCAUCACGGUCCGCAUCUGGGUGCGCAUUUGACGCUCGCGCUGCCGUAUGUCAAGGCGCUUUAUGGGAAGCAAUUAGAUUGGGCUGCAGAGCGCGAUUUGAGAGAGACGCAGAUCAGAAUGUCGGUCGGCUUGGAGAAGGCGGAUGAUUUGAUACAGGUGUUUAAGGAUGCAUUGGUUUUCGCUGAUGCGGUGAAGGUGGAGGAGAGUGCGAUAUCUGUAACUUGA